AUGAGCCUCAUUGCUCUGCUGCCCCCUGGUGGACAGCCUGUGAUCAUUGCUCUGCUGCCCCCUGGUGGACAGCCUGUGAUCAUUGCUCUGCUGCCCCCUGGUGGACAGCCUGUGAUCAUUGCUCUGCUGCCCCCUGGUGGACAGCCUGUGAUCAUUGCUCUGCUGCCCCCUGGUGGACAGCCUGUAAUCAUUGCUCUGCUGCCCCCCGGUGGACAGCCUGUGAUCAGUGCUCUGCUGCCCCCUGGUGGACAGCCUGUGAUCAGUGAUCUGCUGCCCCCUGGUGGACAGCCUGUGAUCAGUGCUCUGCUGCCCCCUUGUGGACAGCCUGUGAUCAGUGCUCUGCUGCCCCCUUGUGGACAGCCUGUGAGCAGUGCCUGUGCAUCUGAUCAGUGGAGACCCAAGUGUCUGUUGAGGCUCAUUACUUAUAGAUAA